GCGUGGUGCAACAAGCGCAUAAAGACGCUUCGAAUCAUUUCACGAGUGUACCGUUAAUGACGCGACCGCCAUCUUUAAUGCGCGAACUUUUGACGCGAUGGAUUACCGAUUAACCUGUCACGCUCACGGAUCACAAUGUAGCGAAAAUGUCGAACGAAAGUAAGGAUUUCUUCGUCAACCUUGGCUCGCGGAGCGUUAUUAAAUCAUCGGCGUGCGUCAAGUGUGCGAGUAACUGGUUUAACAGCGACGACGAAACGAGAAUUAUUGACACGAAUGGAAAUACUACUUACUCGUGAUUGGAGACGGAUGGAAGUUGGAUGGAAGAAGAUCGUAGAGAGAGGGAGAGAGAGAUCGGUGUGCAGCGAGGAAGGAGAAGAAUCACGCGUGCGGUUCCUCGGUUGUUAGGUCGUCGUUACACAGGUUCUUAAAGGUCCCGUGGUCUGGCGUCUGGCUGUGUGUAGAGUAGUGGAGCGAGCGCGCGGGGUUCUCAGUGUCGCCGCUUCGGACGGUGCGCGCGCAGAGACUCGACCGGCGCCCGCCAGGAGUCGCUGGCGCUGUGGCCGGCCUCGGGCUGCGCGAGCGGGCCGUUCAGUCUAAUUUGAACCGUCGCGCGCGCCCGACGCGGGGCCACCGACAAUCCCUUCUCCGCCUCGACGUGACACGAGGCUCCUCGUGCAUGCCGCGUGCAACACACGCGCCGAUCCCCCGCACGAUAUUAACCGCACGCGUGCCUGCCAUCGAGCACAAGCAGAAGCAUCGUUGCCAUCGUAGAAUCGGUGUCCGAGUCGAGGAGCGUGCCAUCGUCUCGGUUGCUCCUCCUCGCGAAUCCGACGACCACGCUCGUUCCGUUCGCCGUCUGCCGGCAAUUUUCUCUCGCAAACCAGCGUCCACGUUCCGUUCCGUUUCGUUCGUUCCGUGUUCCCACGACGACGAUUCGUGCGCCCAGUGUUUGUCGCCGUUACUGUCGUCGGCGUUGGUGCCGCGAACAUCGUCGACGAGUUUGGACGUCGGUUUGGACGGGGAGGAAAAGGUGCAAAGAAUCGUGUGGUAAAACUGAGCAGUGAAGUGCGUCGCAAGGGCUAGACUUCGACGGUCGACACUACCAACCGCGCGAGAGAGCCCCGUGAGUAUAUUUAAAUAGUGUGUCUUUCUGACUGGUCAGAGGAAGCCGACAGUUUCUUGGUCUCCGUCGUCGUCGUCGUCGUCGUCGUCGUCGUCGUCGUCAUCGUCCUCUUCUUCUUCUUCUUCUUCUACUUCUACUUGUUGUAUUUCUUGUUCUUGUUCUUCUUGUUUUUCUUCUUCUUCUUCUUCCUCUCUUCCUCUCUUCCUUCUCCUUCUUCUUCUUAUUCUACCGCUCCUUCCUUCGUCGUGUGUCAUCAUCCUCGGCUUUUCCUCGUUCGGAGUGCAACGUGAUACGACGAGAGACCGGGCCACGACAUCGGGGGUGGCGCGAAAUUCUUUAUCGACUCUCGACGAUUUAUUUCGAGAUACGGAAACAGUGUCGCCGGCGGAGGAGUGGCUGCGAGGAGAAGAGGACUGCGAGCGAACGAAGGAAUAUAGGAACAGUGUCGCAGAUGAUUUCCGAUGCAUCGGUUCGAUGACGGGACGGUUAACGGGAACGAUUGAUCAUCCAUCGUGGAAAACGUUGGAAAACGGUACGAAUUACGGAGAGACGCGAAUUCCGAAGUAUCGGAGUAUCGCGUAGCAUACAUGUAGGAAGGAGAAUAUUUACAACGAACGGACGGACGGACAAGAAGGGAGAGGCGAGAAGGCGGCGAGAGGAUAAACAAUCGCGAAUCGACUGGCGUGCUUACGAAUAGAGUGGAAUCGCGGGCAGAAUGUUAUUCUCGAACGAUAGACAGGAUGAUCGCGAUUUUUGAACUUUGCCACGUUUCGAUGCGGUUUAGUAGAGGGAGCGGAAUCGGGGGACGUGAUCGUUUUUUUCGAUAAUCGCGGAUAGAUUUCGGUGUGUUGCCGCCGCCAUCCAUCGAGACAUCAAGGAUGAAGAGGACUGCGGUACUGCGUUGGUCGAAGAGCAGACAGCCGAGAAUCUGUCAGGUGGAAGUCCCUCCUACGUUGCGCUGCUAUCGGUGGUACAACGCUUCGUGAACAGUGCAUUAUCGCAUUCUCUCCGACGAGAAGAAACCCCCGGAACCACGAGGUGGGAGGGGAGCGAGCGAAAAGGGAGGUGUCGCGGGGGAAAAAAAGAGUUCGAAGUUUCGAAGAACGAAUGAAUCUUGGGUGAGGAAAAUCUUGGAAGAGAGAGAGAGAGGAGGGCAUCGACAGAGAGACGGAUCCUCUCUCGCGUGGGAACUUUGGAGAAUUCGAAUUCGAGGUCGAAGAGGGAAAGAUAGGGGGUGGGGAAGGAGGGAGGUGUGCCAGGAGGAACGGUGUGGUGCGUUCGGGGUGACCGAGGUGUCGACCUCACCCCCGAUCAAAUCGGCAACCAGGUCGGAUGAUGUGGGCGUCUCUGUUUUUGGCCGGGAUCUUAAGCGGCUGGUGGGGCGCACUGGCGCUCGCUGCGGCACCCCCCGCCAAUCGGAACUCCCUCGAGGAGACGUCGACGAGGACCACCAGCGAGGACCAUCUACCAUCGAUGAGCAUCGCCGCCGUUGAAAAGCCCCUCGAUUACCGUUCGCCAACUUGGAACUUCGUUACGCCGACUAUCCAUAGACGCGAGCUACGAACAGCCGAGCAGCAGACCCUCGCUCGACCUACCACGGAUCACAAAUUACCGGCCCACGACGUCCUCCCAACGUCCUGGCCGACGACCAGCCAACAACGAUCGAAACGACUCCACCACCACCAGCAUCGCCAGCAUCGGGAGAGAUCCGUGUCGGACGCGCGACUUGCCGAAAACGACGAACAACGAUUCGUCGAGGAGGAAUCGAAUUCGGAGUUGGCAUCGCAGGAUUCUUCUUCCGCGACGAGGAUCGUGGAACGGUCCUCCUCGGUCGGAUAUCGAACAGUUUCCGCCGUUUCGAUCAACCCCGAACAUGGCUCCUCGAACGGGUACGGUUCGGGGGAAGAGACGUUGGACGACUCGAUACGCGAGGUAUUCGUAUCCUCGUCGAAACGGGGUUUCAACGAUCGUCGUCGACGUGGCCGUCGUCUCGAGGACGAGGCGAACGUUCAUCCAAAGAUGGAGGAGUCCGGAUUGAGCCGGUUACCUCGUCACUCGUCGACGAACACGCCGAUUCUUUUCGCGACCUCCGGGACCGAGUCGACGAUGGAGAGGCCGCGCGUGAUCAGAUCGACCAAGCAACGACCAAAGAAUCGUACGAAGGCGGAUUCCCCGCGGGAGCAACGGCGAAGAUGUCGGAACAAGGGUUGCCGGGGUCAGAAUUGGUGCCCCGACGUGGACGUUGGGAACAGAGCUUACCUGGCGCCAACGGUGUUCGAGGGGAAGGCGAGGAGCAUGUCGUCGGUGAGGAAACCGGGCUCGAACUAUGCGGUAACGUUCGAGGUGAAGCAAGUAUACAAGAGCCAGCCCGGUUUCCAACCGCUUCAGAAGAACGACAGCGUGAGGUUACACUUUCGGGACAAAUCGGCGCCCGGCAAGUCGACCGUAUGCGGCUACGACACCGACGGGAAGCAACAGCAGCAGCAGCAACAGCAACAGCAACAGCAGCAGCAGCAACAGCAACAGCAACGCGAUAAUCAGAGUGGUGUGGUGCGAGCCAAUAUUAAGAGGGGUAAAGUGUAUCUAGUGUUUGUGAACCGCGUGGGACCCAGAAACUUCACAAUCCUCGGUGAGCCCGUGAUACGAAGCAAGAAGAACGAACAGGCGGUGCAGGCUGUCAUUCGACCGGAUUACGGUGAGUACGAUUAUCAUCUCUCGCCCAUUAAUCUAAGAGCUUCGCUCUCCACGCCUCUGGAACGACUAUUGAGAACGAUCGGGAGUUAUUGCAGCUGCAUGUGCUUGGACGCGAAGCCACCGUGA